AUGUGGGCUGCUUGAAGUUCAAAUAUUGGGAGUGGGCCCUUGUCAACAAAUAAAAUAGAAAAAAAAAACAAAACUGCGGUGGCCCGUUUGGUGAAAUUUCAUCGAUUCGGCCGAGCGGAGAAGAAUCAAAUCAAUAAACUCUCUCGUAUCUAUUCUAGGGUUAGGGGUUUUCUGCGCCAAGAGCAUAGAUUAGAACCACAGCAGGGUAUCGAGAAAUGUCGAAGAAGAACAAUUUGUCCAAGAGAAAGAAACAGUAUGAGUUCGAGCUGCAGAGAGAAAAGGAGGAGAGGGAGAAGCAGAAGAAGAAGCUCCAAGCAAAGAAGAACAAGAUGAAAGUUGAUGGUAGUGGGAAGACGAAGAAGAAGAAAGGUAGUAGCGGGUUUCAGGUUGGGAAGAAGAAGAAGAAGUUGAAGACCAAAUUGACUGCAACUGCAAAAGCUAAAGCUGCUCAGGCCAUGGAGCUUGACAAGUAGGAAGAGAAAAAAGAAAUGAACUUUAUGUACUGUGAGGUUUGUUCUCUGUUCUGAUUCUAACUAGUUAUUUAGGAGAAUGCUUUCCUUGCCUGUUCUGUGUGUGUGCCUUGUGGAAAUGGACGUUUUGAGAGGUAGUUCGAAGUUCAAUGAGGAUGGUGCAUUCUUCUUUCGUUCUUUCUCUGCAAGUCGCGUCGUAGUUUGUUGUACAUUGUCUUGUGUUGUUUGGUUGAAACAAACUCCUUCCAAAUCGAACAACGAGCAUACUGGGUAAUAGUAUACAGCGUCUGGAAAAUUUAUCUCUGCUUUCUUUUCUUGUUGGUUCAUCUUGCCCUUUUUUUCAGGCUGAAGGCCAACAAGCUAAGGUUCAUCGUCAUCUAUGUUUGUUGCGGCUUGGUUUAUAUUCCGAAUAUCAGGUUGCAAUUCCCAAACGAGGUAGCUACUACGUAACAUUGUUAGUCAAAGUUCAGGAUUUCCGUGUUUUGAAAACUAGCAAUUCUUAGCUAGGUUCUGGUAUCCCAGUUGAGCUUGGUAGUGCUUCCCUUCUCCUUCAUGACAGAACCCUAGAAACAUUGCAUUUCCCCCCGCAACAGGGUGAUUGCGAGAUUUAGCAAAUCUCAUUGCAGUUUUUCAUCCAGAUAUGCAGCGAUUGUAAUCCAGGGUCUGAGAUUAUUAGUCGUUCUUUUAGAAUUUUGUUGAUUUACUACUCCCAAUUCCGAGGGGUUGGAAGUUGAGUUGUGCACGAGGUCGUUCUACUCUUUCUCCUUGCUGAC